GGUCGGGUGGGCGGGCGCAUGCGUGCUUCCGUAUUUUCUUCGCCAUCACUGCAACAUUGUUGUUUUUGUUUUUAAACUUGGAGCACGAUGUUACCGCGCAUUUUGUACAAUUUGUGUUGCGACAUAUUAUUCCAUUUACCCUUUGUUAUUUUGUAAGAAUUGAUGACAGCAAGUGACUAAUGAAAAUGUUUCAAGUUAGAAUAGUCACAGUUGAUCAUUACAUGAGUUCACCCAUUUCUGAACUUGAUGUGACGUAUUCUGACUUCCGCAAGUCAUCUAUCAAACAUGUCCCCGUUAUCAGAAUAUUUGGCACAACUCCUUCAGGCAUAAAAACAUGUGUGCAUAUUCACGGCGUGUUCCCUUACAUAUGUAUACCAUAUGAUGGUGCUGAACCCCAUCUAAAGCUUUCAUAUAAAUUGGCUGCAAGUCUUGACAAAGCAAUCAACAUAGCUUCGGGUUUCUCUACAUCCAAUACACAGCAUGUGUAUAAAGUUGUCCUUGUAUCUGGCAUACCAUUUUAUGGGUAUCAUCAUAAACGACACCAGUUUCUUAAAGUUUAUUUUUACAAACCUUCUGUAAUCAAACAGGCUGUAAACUUGCUGCAGAAUGGUGCCAUUCUGAAUAAGGUUUUUCAGCCACAUGAAGCUCAUAUUCCAUUUAUUCUUCAAUUUUUUAUUGAUUUUAAUCUUUAUGGAAUGAGCUUUAUUGAUUUUCAACACGUGAAAUACAGGAGAACCAACUUCCAAGAACUUCUCUCCAAGAUACCUGCAGAGCACAUCCUUCCGGACUCUAUUCGGGCUGUGAGCUCAUCACAAUUUGAGGUGGAUGCAGCUGCCUGCUUCAUUUCAAAUCGACCUUCGUCGCAAGGCAAUGCUCAAAUUUGUAACCCAGGCAUUGCUGCGAUCUGGGAAGAUGAAAAUAGGAGGAGAUCAAUGAAAGAAGGAACCCCAGUUGAUGUGCCACAUUUACACUCUCAAAGGCCUCCUCAAAACUCAACAUCCAGUGAGCUCUUUUAUCUUGAUAAAAUUCAACGAAUUUUGAAUAAUCCGUCUCAGUCAAGUGAUGACAGUUCUCUGUCUGGAGAACUAUCUACUUUGGUGAACAAAUCUUAUGCAAUUGAGGAGCCACCCAAUACAUCAGCUCUAGAUGCUUCCUUUGUAAGUUUGCAUGUGUCAGAACCAUGUCUAGAUGUCCAAGAUCCUUCUGAGGUUGAAAAUGCUGCAUUGUUAGAAGAUACAAUUGUUGAUGAAGACAUUGCUGCAAUGAAUAGUUCCAUUAGUCAGCACCUUACUCAGCCACUGGACAACAGUCUAGCAUUGGAUUUAGAGGAUCUUGAGCUUUUGGAUGUGCUUGAAACACUUGCUGACACAAGAUCGGCCAACGUCGAUGAUGACAGUGUACUUGGCUCUCAAACCUCCAAAACUAUAUGUCGGCCUAGUCAAUCUGCUGGUAAUGAUGAGGAGGAAAACAGUGAUGGUGAAGAUGAACGUUGGGAAGAUAAAACAUUGGUAGCGGAGGAGGAUGAUCAUAUGAAGCUAUUUGAUCUAACAAUGCCUGAUGUUGAUGAAAAUUUAAUUUUAAAUGAGCUUAUUCAAAAUGAACCACAACCAGGUCCAUCUACACUUAACCGAGAUACCUUACAAAUACCUCAAUCAGAUGGAAACUGUGACGUUUUAACCAAAGGGACUCGUAAAUCAAGGAAAAAUUUUCAAAUUCCCCAAGUGGAUGGUGUAAAUGAUCUUCCAUCAAAAUCAGGUCGUAAAAGUCUUGGUAUUAGGGUGAGGGGUGGCACGAGCAGACAGCAGACAGCCCCUAACAGUGUCCUAACUGAUGGAAGGUUUAUUCCCGGAACAAAUGAAUUAAUUUUCAAGAAAAAACAGACUUCAGAUUCUGCUGCUCUCCCAGUUGAUCCAUCACUUGGUGAAAUUCCUGUUAACUCCAGUUUGCCAGUUCAAUCUGAUCCUAAAGGCCCUUGCUCAAGUGCGGCACUUGAAAUGUACAACCAUGAUGACCCAUUGAGAGCUCAGUAUGAUGCAGCAGAACUGAAUGAAAACGGCAACAUCAAGUCUAGUAGCUAUUGUGAUAGUCCAAUUUUAGGAGAAACACAGAUAGCAGGACCUAGUUUUGUUUUGUCAACUAUUGAAAACACUGUUCCGGAACAAGAACCGCUUCUUUAUAUUCUACCAUCGUCUGAAGAAGAGGCUGUCAGACCAGGUUCAGCUCUUACAGUGGAUUACCAGAACUAUAUACAACCACCAGUCGCAUGUUGUACUUCCACUGUUGGCUGCAGUGAAGAUACUGAAGAACCAGAGCAUUGCACCGAUACAUUUAUUGAUUUGCUUGCAAAUAAGAGGAAGGAGCCAAUAUUGCGAGGAGAUCCCUCUUUGUAUCCUCAAGCUCCCCUUGAUAAGGAGGAGUCCUUAACUGAACUAAUAUCAUCAGUAGUCUCUGAUGAAAAUAAUUUAGGCACUGUCAAAUUCUCUGAUAAAAACCAGGAUGGUUUUCAGGAACCCACUAGUACGUCAGUCAGAAGAUCUGUAAGGCUAUCAAUAGAUCGCAAAAAAACAACUCGUGCAUCUAUUGUUGAAACUAAAGCACCGGACUCAUGGGAUCCCACAAGAAUUCUUGGCUCUGACAAUGCAGAUGAACUUGUGGGCCCUGAUGGAAAUAUGACACCCAGAACAAUCAGUGAUAUUUCUGUUAGCAGUAUGGAGCCAUUGUUAACUACAACAAUGUUCAAUGACAUUCGAGACACUCUUGAUUGGGGAUCUUCCAAUACUGAUGCUAGCUGCUCAGACAAUGAAUUGAAUCGCUUGAAAGACGCAUUGGAUAAUGAUGAAAUGGGAGAGAUCCUAUCAGCUGGUUCUGAACAUUAUUUGCCAGAACCAUCAACAUCUAGGCGAGAGGAGCUCAUAAGGGUCAUAAGUGAAUCAUCUCAGUCAAGCAAUCAAAGAGCUUUGGAAGAUCCUGUAACAGAUGAACUUUUGCAUAGAGGAGAGUUGCCAAGAAAAGGCCCACCAAAAUUAGGCAAGAAUAUGCAGCUUGCUCAAUUUUACUGCGGUAGACCAAUUUCACUAAAGAAGCACCAGUUAAUGUCAUCAAGGAAACGUCACUCUACUAGUAAUAGCAAGAAGGAAUUAAAACGAGUUCAACGGGAGAAAAGGCGACUUAAAUUGUCUGUAUCAGCUCAGCGGAAGAUAAGAACUUGUGCUUCUAAUGAAGAAGCUACUGCAGCAGAACUUUAUUUAAAACCAUGUUCGGUCAGAGUAGUAAAGUUGACCAAGAAAAAUAUCUAUAAUAUCUGCAAAAAGUUUAAUGUAGUCCUAGAAGACAAAUCUGCAUUGGGUAUUAAGAGCCACAAGAAACUGUCAACUGGGAAUUUAUCAACUGUUAAGUCUUCCUGUUCAAAGAAUUCCCCUGCCUCGUCAUCUUCAAGGGCUCAUGCUAAAUCCUCAGUUCCCAGCUGUGGAAGGACAGAUAAGUCUUCCAAUUCACAGAAUACCUCAGAUUUGUCAUUUUCAAGGGCUUGUACCAAAUCCUCAGUACUCAGCUGUGGAAGGACUCGCAGAUCUUUCAGUACAUCAGAGCUGAGGAAUAUAUCAUUCAAAGCAGAGGGCUCAGACCUCAACUUGUCACAUGAAAGUAUGCUGAGUAAAAGUGAACUCAACUCUUGUGGAAUUGAAGAGGAAAAGACUUCUGGGGACCAGGCUGGGGACCAAAAAUCUAUUGAGACCUCUUCGGUCACAGAACAAAGUACUUCCCAUGUCAAGUCUCUACGAAAUAGAACUAGAACAACUACUGAUUUAUCCAACUCUACGUAUUUAGAUAAUAAUCAAGUUGACCAAAUACCAGAAGAAAUAGAUGACAAGAUUCCUCUAUGCCAGAAAAGAAUGCCAAGAGCAUUUGCUCAGAGUAAUUCAGUACCUAUAAAGAAAUUGGAAGUGGAAAAAGUCAUUGAAAAUUCAGCACCUCAAGAUGUUAAGUUUGAGGAGGAAAAGUCUCCAUCACCACUUUCUAUAAAAUCCCGCAAGGCGACCCCUCAGAAGUAUGUCGCUAGGCCUGGCUCGAAACCAACAUCAAUCAAGAUCUCUUGCAAAACUCUCCAGGAGUUUGACGAAGAGUGUGGGAAAACGGACGAAUCAGUUGUUGACCAGGAUGAUGUGCCUCUGUCUCAACGGUCAAAGAAACAACGAAUAUCAAAAUCACUUAAAAUGAUGAAUUUAAAUUUGUCCACUGACUCUAGUCUUGACCAAUCCCCUCCCAAAACUGAGGACUUGUCAUGUCUAUCUGCGACUCAUGUCAUAAACACUAGUACAGGCCAGAGGAAUGUUGAGGUUUUGAUGGAUGAAAAGACAUCCUCAAAAGGGUCUGAUGCCAUGGUGAAUAGCUCAAAAGAAGAGAAGGCUGGUUGCAAGGAGAGUAAAUUAUUGUAUCAGCAGGCAAGUACUGACAGAAAGACAUCUGCAUCAAAGAACUGUGAUGAGUCCAUCAAAAACCAAAUCAGGGAACCUGUAAAAAGUCUUAAAUCUAUGCCUGAAGAUAGUCCAACUGGUUUGAAAAGAAAUACUGUUUGUAAAUCUUCUUUCAAUAUAAAGUUGACAUCGCCAAAUAAUGGAAAUCAGGAUACUAAGACAAAACCUAUGGUCUCAAUAUUGAAAAAUAGCCAAAAUAGACCGAUGGGCAAGGACUCCCUGAUAGGUCCUUCCAUUGGUGGAAUAAUUUCAAAUCAAAGUUCAUCCUCUAAAGCAGGACCACUGAGUUCUAGAAGAGCUAGUAAUUCAAGGGGCAAGGAAGAGACAAGCUCAUCAACAAACUUUGAACCAUUAAGCUCCAGAAAAGCAAGUACUAAUUCAAGUGCAAAGGGGAAACCAGCGCCAUUAAGCUCCAGGAGAGAGAGCAAUUCAAGUGCAAAGGGAAAGCAAAGCUCAUCCACUAAACUGGUUCCAUUAAGCUCCAGAAGAGCUAGUGAAUUAAGUGCCACGAGUUUGCCAUCUGCUAAACCAAUACCAACGCCAAUUUCGGCUAUUAUUCCAGAAGCACAAUGCUCAACCCGUCUCACAAAUUUCAAGAUACCAAAAAAGACUGGUAAAAACUUAAAAGAAGGAUUGUCACAUACAGAGGAAGACUUAAAUGAGUCAACAAAUGACAGUUUACUUAUAAGCCUGGACACAAGUAGUAUUGAUCUUGAAUUGAACAGCUCAUCUGAUGCUGUGGAUGAAAAUGUUUUGAUUCCAGUCAAAACCAAAAAUUCUCCUUCUAAGAAUUAUAAAAGGCCUACCAAUCAAAUUGUGUGUGUUGAUGGAGCAUCUACUGAAAGCAGCUCAAAUUCAUCCUCAACUAGUCAAGAGACUUCUGAAACUGCCCACCAACCACUAAAACGUAAAAUUUUUGAGGAAGACUUCCAACAGAAGACUAAGGUUCAGAGGGAUGACAAUCAAGAUACUCCAAACGUUGAAAUACCAGGACCUUCUAGGCCGAUACCAAAGUCUGUCAUUCACUGGUUUGACAAGCGCUAUGGACCAUGGACUAUGUGGUCCCCUAAUAUUUCUCCAGAUCGGUGUAAUUUAGAUGGGUCCCCCCCUGUACCAAUUUCGCCGGAUAUUUGCCCUGAAUCAAACUUCAGUGGGUUUGCUCCUAUGAGACAUGGCUUCAUGGGCGAGAUGGAAGAAAAUAAUAUUACAACUGCAAAUGAGAUGCGUUUUGGACAAGACUUGUUGAAGCGCUUAAAAUCUAUUGAAUCGAAGGAUGUUGAGUGUGGGAGAAAUUUAAUAUUACAAACAGAAGACAACACUUCAAGAAAAAGUAGCCAGUCCUCCAUAGUGGACAUGUUUAGUGAAAGAUCAAUUGAUGUGCAUGAAGAAAACAAAACCCUUCAUGAUAUGUCUCCAAAUAUUAGUCAUUUUAGUAGUUUAAGUCUUUUAGAGUCUAAGAUUGAUUUGGAAAAAAAUAACUGUAUUGAGCAGCCCUUUUCACCUGAAAAGGGCAAAUCUGUCGCUUCUUCACAACCUAGUGUAUCAAAUCAGGAAGACAUCAUCUUGAGUUGUGAGUCAUCAGACAUUCCUUGUGGUCAAGACAAAGAGAAAGGAGGCUCCGGAGAAAGGGUUGCAGUAAAACUCCCUUCUGAUUUCAAAACACUGCAGAAACCUCCAUCUAGGAAAGCAGUCUUGCAGAGUUUACCUACCUUAAACUUACCUGAAGUUGUUAUUCCAGAACCUUACUUUAGCAACUAUCAUGAUGUCAAAGGGAAAGUUGAUGUCGGUAGUAAUGUGCUUGAGCUGACAAGCCACAAUUGCCUUCAUUUGGAAGAGUUUCACAGUAGCAUUGAUGGACUGCGUGGAUUAAGUUGCCAACAAAAACAACUGUUUGCACAGUGCUGGGGACUCAGCCAAGUGAAGGGCAACUUUAAUCAUAUGGUGUCAACCCAUUGCAACAAAAGAGUAACUGUCAUAUCGCCUGUGAAGAAACCACCAAAGGUUAAAGAUGUAGCCGUUUGGGCCAGGGCAAGAGAGAUGGCGUUGAAAGCAAAGAAGAAAGAAAUUGAGGAGAAAGAGACAAAUUUAGAGAUACAGAGCUCUGUUAAUCCAUCAUCACUUUCUGUUCCUGCUAAAUUGUCACAGGCUUUUAGGAAUAUUGAAGCGAGCACACCUGAGGGAAGCAUCAAAAAACACAAAGGAAGGAAAGUGCCCUCACCUCUUCUUACUCCUAUUUUGACCAGGUCACAGUCUAAGGCAAACAGAAAGUCUCAAAGGUGUUUAGAGACUACCUCAAAUAAUCCAACUCCACUCAUCUCUAUUGAUGAAAAAGAAGAGAGUGAAAUGGGUGUCUCGCCCUUGGAGAUGGAAGGCUCUAAUGUCUCUCAAAGUAAUAGUCCUAAUAGUUCAUCUAUUAAGCGCCUACUGCAGGAUUCACAGUUUUGCAAAGAUGCUGCAAGUCCAUUGUUUCGACAUGACCCAGACGCAUCAGCUUGCCAGAUAAAAGGUAUAGCGGCAUCUCCAGGGUUCAAAAUGGUUCUUGAAAAUUUGCAGACUGCCAAGACUAAGAAAGAGCAUCAAUACAUAACAAUAUUGACCAUGGAAGUUCACAUAUGUACCUGUGGCGCCUUGAAUCCAGAUCCUGAACGAGAUCCUAUUCGAGCAAUAUUUUAUUCUGUUUGUAAUGAUGUACCAGAAGAUGUUGAAACUCCUACUAGUGUGAAUGGAAUUAUUGUUGUUAAUUCCAGUAAUUCAACACCUCUCCUAAACCGAUGUGGAAUUAGCGGUGAAGUAGAGUAUGUAAAUGAUGAGAAAUCCUUACUUCAAAGCCUUGUGUCUUUAAUGCAUAAAUGGGACCCUGACAUUUUGGCAGGCUUUGAGAUUGAGAUGCUUUCAUGGGGCUAUGUUUUGCAACGCGCCAAUGUCUUAGGUGUGAAUAUUAUCCAAGAGUUCUCAAGAGUUCCUGACCAAAAGCAAGGAAAGGAACAAGAUUUGGAAGAUAAUAAUGGACUUGGUGGACUGAAAAUCAUAGGACGAAUUGUGUUGGAUGCAUGGAGGCUCUUUCGAUCAGAGGUUGCUCUGCAGAGCUAUACAUUUGAAAAUUUGAUGUACCAUAUUCUGCACAAGCGUGUAAGCCAUCAUUCGUUUGAAAACCUGUCCCGUUGGUGGGAACAUCCUUCUCACCUACAUCGGUGGAUAACUGUCCAGUAUUAUCAACAAAGGGUUUCUGGAAUUAUCAGGCUUCUUGAUCAACUUGAUUUGGUUGGAAGGACCAGUGAAUUAGCAAGACUGUUUGGCAUUCAAUUUUUUGAAGUGCUGUCCAGAGGCUCGCAGUUUAGAGUUGAGUCAAUGAUGCUCAGGUUGGCAAAGCCCUUGAAUUUCAUUCCUGUUUCACCUUCUGUCCAACAAAGGGCACAUAUGAGGGCACCAGAAUGUUUACCUCUAAUAAUGGAGCCCGAAUCAAGAUUUUACAAUGAUCCAAUGAUAGUACUGGACUUUCAAAGUUUGUACCCCUCUAUGAUAAUUGCAUAUAACUAUUGCUUCUCCACUUGCCUUGGAAGGGUGGAGCACCUAGGAAAAUCAGGUCAUUUUGAAUUUGGGUGUUCCGAACUACGAGUAAAAACCUCUCUCCUUCAACAAUUGAGGGAUGAGAUCUCUGUAUCACCAAGUGGUAUCGCUUUUGUCACAAAAAGAGUGCGACAAGGUGUACUACCACGCAUGUUGGAAGAAAUUUUAGAAGCUCGCCUUGCAGUCAAACAGUCAAUGAAACUUCAUAAGAAAGACCAUACUUUGCAACGGGUUCUCCAUGCCCGUCAACUUGGACUAAAACUCAUUGCUAAUGUGACCUAUGGUUAUACAUCAGCUAACUUCUCUGGACGUAUGCCAUGCAUUGAGGUUGGUGAUAGUGUAGUCAGCAAAGGGAGGGAAACCUUGGAGCGGGCGAUUACUCUGGUGCAGAAUAACAAAGAAUGGCGAGCCAGAGUUGUCUAUGGCGACACAGAUUCGUUAUUUGUGCUUAUUCCUGGCCGAAGCCGGGAAGAGGCUUUCAGAAUAGGCGCUGAAAUAGCUGCUGCUGUCACUGAAAGUAAUCCAUCUCCUGUCAAAUUGAAAUUAGAGAAAGUUUACCAACCUUGUAUUUUGCAAACCAAAAAACGGUAUGUUGGAUUCAUGUACGAAAGUCCAGACCAGGCCGAGCCGGUCUAUGAAGCCAAAGGAAUUGAAACUGUGCGAAGAGAUGGAUGUCCAGCCGUUGCUAAGAUGCUUGAAAAAUCUUUGAAGAUACUCUUCGAAACACGUGAUGUUAGUUCAGUUAAGGCUUAUGUGAGCCAUCAGUUUUCCAAAAUAUUAGCAGGGCGUGCCAAUAUUCAAGAUUUAAUAUUUGCUCGGGAAUACCGUGGGAAGGAAAAUUAUCGAGCAGGAGCUUGUGUUCCUGCUCUUGAACUAACUAAACGUUGGCUUCGUCACGACCGCAGAUCUGAACCGCGCAUGGGAGAGAGAGUCCCAUAUGUUGUGACGAAUGGACCUCCUGGUUCAGCUUUGAUCCAUCUUGUACGGCAUCCAAAAGAGUUACUUUCUGAUCCAAGUUUGCGGUACAAUGCUGUCUAUUAUGUAACCAGAGCUAUCAUUCCGCCUCUUGCUCGAUGUUUUUCAUUGUUGGGUGCUGAUGUUCUCUCGUGGUAUUCAGAUCUGCCCAGAAGAAGUAAACUAUCGCUGCCUAUUGUCAACCUAUCUCACAAAAAAACUAUCUCUCAAUAUUUCACAACUAUGGAGUGCGCCUGUUGUGGAGAUUUAACUCAUGGAGGAGUCUGUGUGAAGUGCCAAUCAAAACCACAACUACUUGUCACCUCUUUGAUGAGCAAGCUUCACAAUUUGGAAUUGACACAUGCAUCAAUUACAAAGAUUUGCCAAUCGUGCCUUGGUCGCUCUGCACCUUUAGAUUGCAGCUCCCUUGAUUGUCCUAUUACCUACCGUCGUCAUCAAUCUUCCCAGAAGUGUGAACAAUCGGCUUUUAUUUCUCAAUUAUUGAAUGACUUUAGGUGACUGGCAAAUGAUGACAAUACAAUGAAAGCCGCUUAAAGCGUUAAAGGAAAUUGAGAUCCUAUCUCCAUACGAUUAUUGCACCAGAGAUUCUCCUUUGCUGGAACCGUAACGUAAUGCCAGUGUAGAUGACUGUGCACAUUACGUUACGGGCCAGACAGAGAUUCUUCAGCGUAAUGACCAGGCCAUGAUUACAAUUUCCAACAGCGCUUUAAACGACUGUAUAACGACCUUCACUUAAUGUAGUUAUUUUUUUUCCCAUCUAUCUUACACAAUCAGAAUUCCAUGUGAUUUUUUGUUUUCCUAAACAUUUGAUGUGGUGUUUUAAUUUAACACUAGAUGUUAGUUUUUAAGAAUAUUUUGUUUUAUUCUGUGAUACUGUUUGUGUCAGUGCUAUGUCUUAAACUUUCGCUUGUUUUGGAAAAAGUGCAUGGUGACACAAGGUCACUACUACCUUUGAAAAAUCUGUUUUCUCCAUCAUUGACUCUGUAGAGUAGCAAAGUUGCUACCUUGUUAUUUUAAAUUAGAUUUUAACCAAGUUUGAACAACUUUUUUUUUCUUUUUCCAAAUCUAAUUGGCUUAAGGUCCUUGUUUAGUGUUUUCUUGUGCUGUAUUUCCUUGUUUGCCCUAUGUUAUUUGCAAUUUCGUUUACAAGCAAACUGUUUUCUAGUGACCCCCAAUACCAACAGUAAUAUUAGAUGCUCUCCCAUUUGUAAUAAUUCAGAUAUUUCUAUUUUUAGAUAUGUGAAUAACUAAUUUUGCUGACAAUUUUGUAGAUGAUCAUUAUUUUAUUACUUCAGUAGUUUAGGACUAUUUGGACCAAAUAGUAAGAUGCUUAACAAGAAAUGAUUUACUUCUAUCAAAGAAAUAUUGAUCUCUUUGAAACCUAUAGUAUUGGUUGUUAUUGUACUUCAACACUAUCACUAUUGAAUUAAAUAUGUAUCCCUGUUUUGUCACAUAAGAUAAUUAUGUUUCUUUUAGAAGCACCCUUUAAUGUAGAAUCUAUUUUUGUAAAACAAUGUUUCUAUUGUUAAUUUUAGGAAAAAUUACUAUAGGUAAUUAUUGUUUAUUAUUAUGUUCGUGUGAUACUCCAUCAUCAAAGAAAUCCUUCUGUUUUGUUUUUUAUUUAAAUGAAAAUAUAGCAUCAUGAUAUUUUUCCUGCA